CCCUACAUCCCAGUCUGUGACGAAUACAGAAUGUGUUUGGCAUUAAAACCUAGACUAAUUGUCACUAUUUUUUCUCUUGCGUACGCAUCAUAACCUGUCGGUCAGGAUUCCCAAUUACUGAAGAAAAGUUGGCAAAUACAGAUUGAAAAAUACCAACAUUCAGAGGAUGCCCAGCCUGUCUAAUGAAACCAUUGAAGCGUAAAUUAACUGAUGUCGCGUGCGAAGUCCAGAACACAAAUGUCGCAACAAUGGAGGGCAGGUUCCUGGGAGGACAACUCUGUGAUCUCUUCAGAAUCAGAAAGUUUGCAACCACAUCUACCUCCCCCUCCCCCUCCCCCUCCCCCACCCCCACCGUGUUCCACCCCACUACCAUCACCUGCAAAGAAGCUGUACCAAGUUCUUGCAGAAGGUCAAUUGAAGCCAAGAAAUGUCCGAGAAGAUUUGAAGGCGCUAUUCCAGAAUCGAUCUGACAGGUGCGGCCUGGUUGCUCUCUGGAUGGCUGGACACUUGCUGGACGCAUCUGAAGCCGUGAGUCUGGAGAAGAUUGUGAACUGUGCAGUGAAGAAUAACUACACUGCUCAGGGAGAGAUGUUCUCAGGUGAUAAUAUGGUGAACCUGGCCAAAGAGGUCUUCACAUGUCAUGGUGAACUGCUCACUGAUGGUUUAAUGGGCAACAACAGAUCCAGAAUACUGAGCCACCUGAAGGCUGGUUAUCCCGUGUUAAUACCCUAUGAUGAAGAUUUCAACCACGAGCCGUGCCUGAAGAAAGGACACCGAGCCCACUGGGCUGUACUCACAGGUGUGCUGCUGGGACUGAGGUGUAAACUGCUGGAGGAUGUCUAUGAGAAGGACCGUGAUAUCCCUGGCCUCCACCACCUGGCUGGAGGUGCCGCUGGAGCCUCCUACCCCGAGGACCGUGUGGUCGAGGUCUACCUGCUGGCCAAACAAGGGAAGAGUCUGAAGUACCAGCUGUGGGAGUACGAGCGGGUGCACCAGAGCAAUGUGCAGCUGGCAGAAUUUAGUCCCAAGCGAGGGGACGACGGAACGGCCUACAUCGUGCCCGACGGCGGUGUGAAGCUGGGGCUGUGUGGGGUUGUAAUUCUCCUGCAGCCAUUGUUCCCAGUAUCAAAGCUGACAACCCCCACUACUAAUAACUGAACAAUAACCUUUGUCAUAUCAAGUCUACAGCAUCUCAGGGUCUUCCAGCAAACAAAGCACUAUUAUGCCCCUGUCCCACUUAGGAAACCUGAACGUAAACCUCUGGAGACUUUGCGCCCCACCCAAGGUUUCCGUGCGGUUCCCGGAGGUUGCAGGUAGUGGAAGAAUGACAAAAAACUCCGGGAACCGCACUGAAACCUUGGGUGGGGCGCAAAGUCUCCAGAGGUUUCCGUUCAGGUUUCCUAAGUGGGACAGGGGCAUAAGUCACUGCUUUUAAUGUAGGAAAUUAGCAAGACAUGCUCACAAUCCCCCUCCUUAUCUGUUUGCAGUGAUGCUUAAGGGGGCAACACACCUUUUCACACAGAGGUGUAUAAAACAAUCUUGAGGGGAAUAGAUAAUAUGAAUGCAGAUUCUUUCACCUCGAGUAGAGGAAUCAAUACCUGUACAACAUAGGUUGCAGGUGGAAGGGAAAAUAUUUAAUGGGAGCCAGUCUAGAAGAGCAACUUUUUCACUCAGAGGGUGGUGGAUUUGUUUAGUUUAGAGAUACAGCGUGGAAACAAGCCUUUCAGUCCACGCCGA